AUGUCUGCAUCACUUUUCCAACUGGGCACUUGCGUCACGACCACUGACCAUCCAACGUCUGAGGCGUCCGUCAGCAAAACCAUCUCUGCAUCCGGCUUUGGGAACGCGAGGGUGGCUGCAUCAGCCAGAGCCUGCUUCACCGCGUCGUACGCUGCGCCUUCCUGCUCGGUAAGUGCGAUCGGUAUACCCGCAGCCGCACGCUUCGGCAUCGACCGUAAGGCCUGGAUGCGCUUUGAGUCAUGCUUCACACCUUCACCGUUGAUCACUUUCCCACACCACUUCACCUCACGUUUAUAUACGCAGGACUUCGAAACACUCAACUUGAAGCCGAACUUGGCCGUCAACUCAAGCAUUUCCUGCAACUUGUCCAGGUAUGUGUCAAUAUCGGCGGCGUACAACAGUAAGUCGUCUAUCCAGACGAACAAAUGCUUGUACAGCAGUGCUGCAAAGCACCGCUCAAUGGCCGACUGGAAAUACAACGCAGCGUCGGCACUGCCUUGA